GAACCCGGAACAAGUGUCUAAAACCGGAAGCACAACAAGCGCCGUCAAUGUGACUUCUGUCCAAACGCUAGGUAGCGUUAAUAGUUUUACGUCUUAAAGCUGAAACACGAGAAAAAUGUUUCUUACGACUACAAAUUUGGCCAAGGCGAAAGCCAAGACAAUCCUGGUGCAAAUGAUGAGUGCUGCAGGAACAGGCUAUUGCUUCAACACCAAGAGGAACCGUCUCAGAGAGAAACUUGUGCUGCGCAAGCAUGACCCAUUUGUGGGGAAGCAUGUCCUAUUCUUUGAAAAGAGGAAGAUCAGAUCGAUUUAGGACACCAGAAGGACAUAUAACAUAUAAUGAAAUUAUUCAUCUGUCAUGGACUCUAAAUGAAGUGUAAUGAUCGUCUCGCCAGUUUGACACACAUCUUCAGAAGAUUUUUUUUUGCGAGAUCAUCCGGAAGGCUCCCUGGCCUCCUUGCCGGGAAGGAGGAAAAAAAAAAUCAGGAUGACUAAAAUGAAGGACAGAACUUCAAGCAAAUUUCUGUGUACUUCUCUGCCAACAGGAAACGAUUGCUCAGUGUGUAAAGGUUAAGGCUGUGUGAUUUCCAACACACCUACCUUCAAACAGUGCUGUUAGCCAGUGAAUGUUGUAAUAGGAGUAAAUAAUUGGAUCACUGUAUGGGUCGACACAGUUGUUCUGUUCAUUAUUAUUAUUAUUUUUUUUUAUUGAAACUGAUUCUGAUCCUUCCUUGGGCAUAACUUAGAAUAUCAAAACACGGCAACUAAAGGUUUUGAGAAGCAUGUCUGCAGAACAUGUACUCGGGGAAGCUUGUUUCAAAACAAAAGGCGAUUGUGUACCUAGCUUUCUAUAUUAAAAGGAGCAAUGAUGACUUUAUAUAAGAUGGGGGUUUUUUUUAAACAAAAAAAUAUGUGAAAAAAUGGAAAAUGACCAUGUCGACUAGU